AUGCAAAAGAUUUCUCCAGCGUACUUUCAAAAUCAUGUUUUCAAAGGGUUCAGUCGACAACAAAUGUCUAUCAAAAGAAUACAUUUGUUCGGUCGAUCAGCUCUUUUCACUGCUGAGGAGAAGAAAAACAUCCUGAUUUAUAUCUUCGGUAUUAUGCUGUAUAAAUUCGGAGUUGAAGCAUUCAAUGGUGCAAUCGUAGCUCUAGCUACAAAUCGUUAUGAUCAAGAUGCGCACGAAGCUGACGCAUUAACACGUACAUUCGAAAGAGUUGGUCUACUAAUUGGUCUUAACCAAGCAUCCCAAUGUAUUGGUUCAAUGUUGAUUGGCCCAUUGAUUAAACGCUGGCGCACACAGUGCGUUCUGGCAGCAACUAUAUUUAUUUUUGCUGCGACAACAGCUGUUUUCGUGAUCAUCGAUGUUGUCACUGGUGGAACAAUCAAACCGAGCGAUUUUAAACCGAAACAUAAGAAUGACUUUAGCUACUACGGAGAUUAUCGUACUGACACCAUCAUUCCAAUCUAUUGUGUUGCUGGUAUUACGUUUGGCAUGGUUGAAUCGAUGCGUCGUGUGAUUCCUGCUCAUAUUGCUGGCGAUAAUGUUGUUAAAUUACGUAAAAUGAAUUCUUUAGUUCACGUCUUCUAUGAAAUCGCCGGGGUCAGCGGUGCUCUAACGACCGCACUCGUGCUCAUUCCCAAAUUAGGCAACAAUCAUGCCUUUAUCAUAACGCCAAUCUUAUUUACCGCUGCAGGCUUAGUUUGGCUAUUCAUACAAAGUAUGCCGAAAAGAGCCAAUGUUGGCGACGACGAAGUUGCACCGUAUCUAAAGAAAACCAAAGUUAACUAUUUCAAAGCUAUGGGUAUAACGCUCUUAUGUUUUGUCCAAUCGCUUUACUUUGGUGCAAAAAUUGUUUUCACACAUCGAAGAUUUCUCUGGUUGUUUGCAGUCUAUCCUCUAGCAAUCUACUCACAUCGAUAUAUUGAGAAUAGUAUUGCUCCACAAGUUGCUCGACGGUAUUUACAUCAUUCAGCUUGGUCGCAAAUACUCGUUGGCGGCUCGAAUCUAGGUGAAUUACUAGGUGCUCUAUUUGUUUAUUGUUUUAACGAUACUAUGAAAAGUCCGAUUUUAUGGGUACGAUUUGAUGCUAUAAUGUUAAUUGUUAUUUGGUACUUACCAUUCUAUCAUCCUCCAGCUGAUCAUAUCGUACACGCUUGGAUUAUCGCGGCUACUCUGGUUCCAAUUGGAUUCGCUUCGGCUGUUGGAGACAUAUCCCUCGAUGCUUAUAUACAAUCGUCAUUGACACGUUUAGAAUCGAAACAUAAAAAUAUCUCACCGUUGGGAGCUGUCAUGGCGUUUCUCUACUCGACUUAUAUUAUUAUCUACUCGAUUGGAAAUCCAUUACUCGGAAAACAUAUCGAUCAUGUUUACAAUACGAAAGGAAGUGUUCAAUCAGCGCUUAUUUACACAGCUGCAGUACAAUUGAGUAUCAUCGUUGUAAUUAUGAUAGCUGCAUCAUUUAUUCCGAAAGGCGCAGUAGCAUUCAAUCCAGUUUUAAUUGAAGAUGACUCGAUUGAUUCGGACGAGAGCGCACAGAAGCUGAAUUCAACACCGAACAAAAGUGUCGCACUCGAUCAAAUGAAAAAUUAG